AUGGGCUCUUACAACUUCCGAUGGGGUCACCGAAACGACGUCGUCUACGUGACUGGCACGUUCGAUAAUUGGAGCAAGUCGGUCAAGCUCGACAAGAAGGAUCAAGUGCACGAGAAGCGCGUGAAUCUGCCCCAGACCGACGGCAAGAUCUACUACAAGUUUGUCGCAGACGGCGAGUGGAAACACGACCACACUGCGAAGACCGAGACCGACCACGAAGGCAACGUCAACAACGUUCUAUCCCCUGACGACCUUGGCCCCAUCGACCCCAUGGCUGACAACGUGAAUACCUCCUCCGUCGCACCCGGCGCAACCACGACUGAUUUGGCUGGCAAGCAGCCGCUGGAGAAGGACCAGAAAGACAAUGACUUGCCGGGUGCCUUUCCCGAGACACCAGCGGCGACAGCUGGCGAGGAGAAGAGCAAUCCACUAGGCGGGAGCGCCAUUGCAGGUGGUCUGCUUGCUGGAGGUGCUCUUGCUGCCUCUGGAGACAAGAAGGACGAACAGACCUUCUCCGUCAACCCCAUUCCUGCCUCGUCUGGCGCCGGCAACCCAAUUACUCUAGCUCCUGGUGAAAAGGUCCCCGAUCCAUCAACAAUCAACAGCAAUACUAUCUCAUCUACCGUCCGCGACGACCCAUCGUUAAAGAGCAGUACUCAAGAUUCAGAACAGACUGUUGGCGUGGCACCUCUUCCUGCUACUGGUGGCGCAGGUAACCCAGUUCACCUGCAGCCAGGCGAGCCCGUUCCAGACCCAAGUACUAUCACCCGCAGCACUGUUGACAGCAACGUGAAGCUGGACAAGGAGUCGUACGAGAAGAGCGACGCCGCUGCACCAGUUCUUCCCGCCACAAAUUCAUCAUCCGCGGCAGAAAGCGCUGCAGCUGGCGGAGAGCUCCUCGGCGGUCUUGGACCUCAAACCACGAAUAUGAUCCCAGAGUCCAGCAUGGGCAUGGGUAAAGACGCACCAGGUCCUAUGGACGGCGCUGCUAUCAACUCGGUCGGCGCAACCAGCACGACCAACGAGCUCGCAGGUAAAGUGCCACUCGAACCCAGGGGAGGAGCCACUGGAGCCAUGAUCAACACCGUCGGCGAGAACAGCACCACGAACGCACUCGCUGGCCAAGUCCCACUGGAAGCAAAGGGCAUCCCUGAAGUGGUUGCCGAGAGCCAGAAGGAGGCUGGUCAAGCACCCGAAGCUGCCGCCAAUCCAACAGCUGUGGAGGAGAAGAAGGAAGUCGAGGAAGAACUGAAGAAAAAGGUGCCAGAAGAGCCAGUCACAAGCGAUGACAGCCACAAGGCCGGAAUUGCCGGCGCUGUUGCUGGAGGUGUCGCCGCCGCUGCCGUUGCAGUCAACAAGACCAAGGAGGCUACCGGCAAGGAUCCAACCUCUGUGCUGCCAGAGUCCGUCCAGUCGGCUGUUGACGAGCAGAACGCGGCUUCCACCAGCGCUGCCAACGAAGUCCCGGCUGAAGUCAAGGACUCUCAGAAGCAGGCCCACGCUGAGCCAGAAGCAUCUGGUAACCCAGAAGCUGUCCAUGAGAAGAGCGACGUGGAAAAAGAGCUCCUGUCCAAAGUCCCAGAGUCACAAGCAAGCGGCGAGCCAGCGCCAACGGUCAGCGCUGCUACAGCAUCCACUGCACCAACCUCAUCCACUGGCGCGCCUCAGCUCGCCGACCCCACGGCGGGCGUUGCAGCACUCAGCCUGGACGACAAAUCCAAGGAUGGUCUGAACGCAUCAGCUGACUCUCAGGCACAAUCCCAAGCCGCCAAACCAGCUGCGCUUGCAGCCGAGGCCGGUCCCUCUACCACAGGUCAAUCUGCGCCUGAAGUCACCACUGGCGUUGACUCGGGCAAGGCGCCUGCGCAAUCCACUCCUGUUGGCACUCCUAGGAAGAAAACUUCAUCGACACCUGGCAAGCGCAACUCGAUUAUCGAUCGACUGAUGGGCACUCCGGACUCACAAAAGACUGCUGAUAGUGCCGGCUCCGCUAAGAAGAAGGGCCUCUUCAGCAGGAUCAAGGACAAACUCAAGCAGUAG